AUGGAGAAGUUAAUAAGAGGGCAACAAGAGUUGUUCGAUCAAUUGAUUAAAGCCGAACGCAAUUUUAAGAAAGCUAAUCAAGAGGCACGAGCAAAAUACAGUUAUCUUGUGGCAAGAAUGGAAGCUUUGGAGAAAUUGGAAGAAGUGUUUAGCCAAAAUCAUCUUGAAAUAAUUACUAAAGCUACGGAGGAACAUUUAAAAGAGUUAAAAUAUUUCAGAGAUGAUAUGCAGGAUCAAUUUCAAGAAUUAUUCAUACAAUACAAAUCUAUUUUAAAAGAAUACAUUGCUUUCGCAAAACCACUCCCUGGAACAUCUUCAAUGGACACGAGAGAAAGUUCUUUAGCUAAUUCUAAACUUAUUAAUUCCGAGGUGCAGUUACCAAGAAUACAGCUUCCACACUUUUCUGGGAAAUAUACCGAGUGGCAAUCUUUUUAUGAUAUGUUCUUAUCAUUAAUACAUGAGAAUAAUACACUUGCUCCGGUUCAGAAGCUGCAUUAUUUAAAAUCCAGUUUGUCAGGAGAACCUGAAAUGCUACUUAGAAAUCUUCCUACUACAUCAGCUAAUUAUAAAGAAGCAUGGGAACAAUUAUCUAAACGUUACAACAAUAAGAAAUAUAAUUGCAACGCGAUUAUGAAGACAUUAUUUGGACAAAAAUUAAUACUACAUGAAUCAACAAAUGCACUAAAACAUUUGUUAGAUACAACAACAUCUUGUCUGAAAGCUCUAAAUAAUCUGAACAUUAGCACUGAUCAAUGGGAUCCAGUUAUAAUACAUUUAGUGGUGUCUAAAUUGGAUCACGAGUCACUAAGACAGUGGGAGACUUAUGUAAGUUCAACUACAGAUGAUUUACCCAAAUGGUCUCAAUUGGAACAAUUUAUCGAAACACGAUUCAGAACUUUAGAAUUGCUUGAAACUGGUAAGCAAAUGAGUAAAACCACGAUUCAAUCAAGAUCCUCACAUCAACCGGUAAAGACUAAGUCAUUUCAUACAGCACUUGAAGUAAAAAAUACUUCACCUGAGGCGACAUGUGCAAUGUGUAAUGGUCCACAUUUUGUCUAUCACUGUGUCCAGUUUAAGAAACAACCAAUUUUAAAGAGGCAGAAUAUAGCACAGGCAAAAAGACUUUGCUUUAAUUGUCUGGCGCCAACACAUUCUGUGUAUAAAUGUCAUCAAAACACUUCAUGCCAUAAGUGUGGCAAAAAGCAUCACACUUUGCUUCACUUUGAGAAGGAAGACAAAGAGGCCUAUUACACUCUGAGACAAACCGAACAAAAUAAAGGAGAAACUGAACAACGAGACCGAGAAACGACUUCAGAGACGAACGUAGUAGCAAAUUUUUCAAGAGGAGAUAUAAAAACAUAUAACGUGUUACUAGCAAUAGCAGUUGUAAAAUCUAAAUCUAAAAAUGGUUGUUUCGUCAUCAGAGCAUUACUUGAUCAAGGCUCUCAAGCCUCUUUUGUCAGGGAACAUAUUGUGCAAUUGUUGGGUCUUAAACGUACAAAUGUGAAUGGUAAGGUGUCUUGUUUGGGAGACGGUCAUCUUAAUAUUAAGCAUGCAGUAAAUGUAGAAAUUGAAUCGCGUUAUGAACCUGUUGGAAAUGUUUGUGUAAAUGCUUAUGUAUUAAAGUCACUAACGUCAUUGUUGCCGAGCCGUGAAGUUCGUAUACCUGACUGGCUUGAGCUAAAAUCGCUACCGUUUGCAGAUCCAGAAUUUUCAUCACCAGGUAAAGUUGAUAUAUUACUUGGCGCUGACGUGUAUGGAGAAAUUUUGCAGAAUGGAGUGAAGAAGAGUCCGCGUGGGAAUUUACUAGCACAAAAUACUUUAUUCGGGUGGGUUUUGUCGGGAAAAAUAGAACAAGAGUCGGUAAAAGAGAAUGUUUUAAACUUACAUGUACAAGUAAAAGAAGACGAAUUAUUGAAAAAAUUUUGGGAGAUAGAAAAUGAGCCGAACAGUAUCGAGAAAAGAUUAACAGAUGAAAAAAAACUAUGUGAGAAAUUGUACGAAGAAACUACUUUAAGACGAGAAGAUGGAAAAUUUGUUGUCAAAUUACCGUUUAAAACAAAUAAUCCACAAUGUCAGUAUGGUCAGUCAUGUGAUAUAGCUAGACUUUACGACCCUAUUGGUUGGAUUUCUCCAGUAGUAAUUACAGCGAAAAUUUUCAUUCAAAAAUUGUGGAAAGAGCAUCUUGAGUGGGACGAUGAAUUACCCAAAAAACUAUUAUUAGAGUGGCUACACUACAAGGAUGAGUUGCGUAAUAUUAAGAAUAUUUUAAUACCACGGUGGCUUGGAUGUACCAAAAAAUGUAAACUGGAACUUCAUGCGUUUUCCGAUGCAUCACAUAUGGCAUAUGCAGCUGUAGUUUGUUUGAGAGUUAUAGAUGAACACAACAACGUAUAUGUAUGA